AUGAGCAACUACAGCGUGUCUUUGGUUGGGCCGGCUCCCUGGGGUUUCAGGCUUCAAGGGGGCAAGGAUUUCAAUGUGCCUCUGUCUAUCUCUCGACUUAAUGAUGGUGGCAAGGCAGCCCAAGCACAUGUGGGGAUUGGUGAUGUGGUUCUCACCAUUGAUGGGAUAAGCACGGAUGGGAUGACUCAUCUAGAAGCACAGAACAAGAUCAAGGCAUGUACAGGCAAUUUGAACAUGACUCUGCAAAGAGUGUCUUCUAUACAAAAACCUGAUCAUUUUCAUGUGACAAAGGCAGAACCUACCGAAGUAGUUAAGCCUGUGCCCAUUGCCUCUGCUGUUGCACCCAAAGUCACUGCCACAGCCAGCGUGGCUUUCAAUAAGACACCGAGGCCGUUUGGAGCUGUAGCCUCCUCCAAGGUCACCUCCAUCCCAUCACCGUCCUCCGCCUUCACGCCGGCGCAGGUGUCGGCCGCGUCCCCGUGUGCCGUGCCCGGAGUGCAUGCUAACGCCAAGCCUAACGCUGAGCCGUGGCCACCUGUGCUGGGCGCUCCUAAACCUGCAGUUCCUGUCCCACGGCAGCACGGUGCCGCCCCGAGCGCCUCGGCCGCCGACGGCGCCCAGGACGCAGCCGAGGGGCCGCGACGAGGAGGCAGAGAGAACCAGGGGGAGAGUAAACAGCAAAAUGGCCCCCCGCGGAAGCACAUCGUGGAUACCUACACCGAGUUCUACCACACGCCCACGCACAGCGACGCCAGCAAGAAGCGGCUGAUUGAGGACACCGAGGACUGGCACCCACGCACAGGCACCACCCAGUCCCGCUCCUUCCGCAUCCUCGCCCAGAUCACUGGCACUGAUCACAUGAAAGAACCAGAAAAUGAAGCUGGGAAGAAGACUAACGAUUCCCUGGAAACUGCCCAGCCUGCCCCAGUGAGGAGCCAGGACAGUGUGGAUGUGAGACCUGCUCCUGCCAACACCACGCCUGCCACAAUCCUCAAGGCGACAGCACCCCUGGGUUCUGCCAAGGGCUGGCAGCCUCCAAGCCAAGCAGCUCCUGUCAGUGGAUGGACAUCAAACAGUAUUAAAUCACCUGGAACAACUGCCCCAAGUGAAAAAGCUGCAACAACACCUCAGCUAAAUGAGCAAGACACACUGGUUCAGCGGGCGGAGCAUAUUCCAGCAGGGAAGCGCACUCCCAUGUGUGCACACUGUAACCAGGUCAUUAGAGGACCCUUUUUGGUGGCUUUGGGAAAGUCAUGGCAUCCAGAAGAGUUUAAUUGUGCCCACUGCAAAACCUCCAUGGCAUACAUUGGAUUUGUGGAAGAGAAAGGGAUGCUGUAUUGUGAGGUCUGCUAUGAGAAGUUCUUUGCCCCUGAGUGUUCCAAGUGCCAGAGGAAGAUCCUUGGGGAAGUAAUAAAUGCUUUGAAACAAACUUGGCACGUUUCCUGCUUCGUGUGUGUGGCCUGUCAUAACCCCAUCCGCAAUAAUGUCUUUCACUUAGAAGAUGGUGAUCCCUACUGUGAGACGGAUUACUAUGCCCUCUUUGGUACAAUGUGCCAUGGCUGUGAAUUCCCCAUUGAAGCUGGAGACAGGUUUCUUGAAGCCCUGGGCCACACUUGGCAUGACACUUGCUUUGUAUGCUCCGUAUGUAGUGACAGUUUGGAGGGCCAGACUUUCUUCUCCAAGAAGGACAAGCCACUGUGCAAGAAACAUGCCCACUCUAUCAACAUCUGAUACUUGGAGCUCAUCUUGUGUAACAAAUGUACUGAGCAGAAAGGUUAAAAUGUCCGUGUUCAAUAAUUGGUUAAAAUUAUUUAUAUACAAUUAAUGUAAAAUGAGAGAUGUGGAAACUGGCAGAAGGAAUUGU